GCCUUUCUCUGCCGUAGCCUCGCUCCCCGCUGGGAUUUAUGGAGGUGCUGAGGAGCAGCUGUGAUCCCCGCAGCCCCCGGCAGCGCGCCCUGUGAAGCAGUGCCCGGCCGCUCUCACCUCGUCCCGCCCGGCAUCCCGACCCUCCGACUCAACCAUUCACGGCUCCCGUGCAUGGAUCGCCCCAGCGAGGCACCGCUGCCGGACGCCGCCGACGCCGCCCCGUAGGCUCCCGGCCCCCCGUGCCACCCCCAAGUACUCCACAUACCCCGAUGGGGUAACGUGACGGAGGCCACCCUCCCGCCACCACCACCCCCCAUAUGCAGAGGCCUUUCUAGAGCGCCCGGGAGCGCGCAGCGCCGGAGGCGGCGGCCACUCGCCGUCGCACACACACGCCGAGGACACCGACACUACAGCAAAGGGAUUUCUUUUUUUUUUUUUUUAAUUAUUAUUAUUAUUAUUAUUAUUAUCAUUAAUAUUAUUUUUUUUCCUGCCUGGCUUUUCCCUCCUCCCUGGGGAGGGGGCUUGCGGUGUGUCAGGAAGCCGGCGCGCUCCCACAAGCUGGGAUUAUUUGCACAACGUCUGUAUAUUGAGUUCUCGAUCCUGUUUUAUUUUUAUUUUUGAAGCGCUAAGGGGUUGCUGGGGGGGAAGGGGGUUAGGGUUUUUUUGCCCCUCCAAGCCACACUUUUCUGGGGCUUUUCCCCCGCCGCUGUCAGCAGCACCUCACCCUCCCCCUGUCCCACCAUGGCCCGGAUGAACCGCCCUGCGCCAGUGGAGGUCUGCUACAAAAACAUGAGGUUCCUCAUCACCCACAACCCCACCAAUGCCACACUCAACACUUUCUUGGAGGACCUGAAGAAAUACGGUGCCACCACAGUUGUGCGAGUGUGUGAAGUGACCUAUGACAAGACCCCCCUGGAGAAGGAUGGCAUCACUGUCAUGGAUUGGCCCUUCGAUGAUGGAGCACCUCCUCCCAGCAAGAUAGUAGAAGACUGGCUCAACUUGCUGAAGACCAAGUUCUGCGAGGACCCCGGGUGCUGCGUGGCCGUGCACUGUGUGGCUGGGCUAGGGCGUGCUCCUGUCCUUGUUGCACUGGCCUUGAUCGAGAGCGGGAUGAAGUAUGAAGAUGCCAUCCAGUUCAUCCGACAGAAGCGCAGAGGAGCCAUCAACAGCAAGCAGCUGACGUACUUGGAAAAAUACCGACCAAAGCAGAGACUCCGAUUUAAGGACCCUCACAACCACAAGAACAAAUGCUGCAUCAUGUAACCUCAAUGACCUCUUGCCAAAACCCGUGCACACAGACACCCGGGCACUCGCACACAUCCCACCCCGUCACCCCCUCGCCCAGCCCUGCGCUCCCCCCGCCACCACCAGGGCUGGGGUGGGGGACACGGAGCAUCAUCAGUGUGUUCCAGCACCCACAGCACAGCCCCAGAAAAGGCUGUUCUCUCCAGCUGCAGCCCCGAGGAAGGAAGGCAGCUCUGCCCAUUGACUCUUGGCGUUAGCAGGCAAUGAGCUCGUGCGACAGUUCUUCAUCACCUUCCUCCUCCUCCCUCUCACCUCCCCGUUGCACUGAGAGGGGCGGGUGAAGGGUGCUUGGUUUGGGGUGAUGCAGGCAGGGCUGUGCCAGCUUAGAAGGGAUGGGGGAGCAGGAGGGCCAGAGCACCCCUGGAAAAACUCUUCCCCACCUCUUCCUAUAAAUAAGGGCUGCAGCAGCAGGGAGGGAGGUGGGGAUGGCGUGGUGGCCUCAGGGGAAGGUGGUGAUGGCAGGGAGAGGUGACAGGGGCUCUUAGCUCAGUGCUGGCCUUGUGAUCAUGGGAAGGGCUGAACUAAGACCCCCAGCACUGUUCCCUUUCUCCUGGCUCCUCUGCCACUUCACCAUCCCCCUGUUGCCUCAAUGCCAGCUGGGAUGCUGCAGAUGGGGCUCACUGGGGGUUUGCUGCAGUGAAGGCAGAGCCACUGGGGACCUUGGGGUCAUGUCAGGGCUUCGAAGCACCAGCUUUGCCAGGAUCAGUGUAGGGUCAGCACUGAAUCCCCCAAAGUGUUAGAUGCUCUUACUUAUAACUUCCAAAUUCAAUGCACAGGGCGGUGGGUUCUCUGCUGUCAUGUCCCCGUCCCUGAGUCACGGCACAAAUGCCAGUUCUGGGAGCAAUGCCCUGAGGACACAAUGUGCAUCUCAGGGCACAUCCAUGUCCUCCACCACUGCGUUUGCUGGCCAAGUGGCUGGGCUGCAUCCUUCCUAGGGGAUUUUGUGUGUGCCUGGCAAGAGCACAUCACCAAAUUUUGCACCUGCCUUUUCCAUAUCUGUAACGAGGCGCCUGACACCCCGAAACCCCCCGGUGUCUGCCCUGGUGGGGUGGACUCAGAGCUGCCCCUUAGCUGGGACAUUCAACAUCUCUCAACUUUCUGCCUUUGAACGCUUGCAGCAGCUGGAGCAGUGAGCACACAGGGGGUGUGGUGGUUUUUUUUUUGUUUUAACAAGGAUGAAAAGAAAUUUGCUAAUUAAAGGAAAAAAAAGAACUCUAAAAAAUACCCUGUUUGUCUUCCGCACGUCCUCUGGCCCUUCUUUCUCCCAUCACUGCCCAGUGGAGCCCAGGAGGUGACCCAUGGUCCCCCAGACUGAUCCCCAGCACCAGGUCCCAGCUGGCUGCCAUCUGCUGUCACCAGGGCACACGUGUGCCCCAAUGGAAGCUCCAGGUAUCCUUUGGACUUGCUGCUGCUCACCCUCAACUGCAAAGGAUCCCAGUUGUUGGGGCAAGGAGGGCUGGUCAUCCACCUUGUGUGGUUUUAGGCUGCCCAGCUUGUAAUGCCUUCAGUGCCCUGUGUUGGGUGUCUCCAAAGGUUUGUGUGCCUUCCGAAAUGUAGAUAUCCAGAGACAUUUGCUUCAGAGGGUUCAUCCCUUGGGAUAGGUGGUGAGGAAGGCUGGGGAGACACCUUCAGUACCUGCAGAAGGGCAGGGGAUAGCUUUGUACCAUGAUGUGGGUGGGCAGAGAAGGUGUUCGUAGCAGUUUCCAGCACCACUUCUGUCCUGAUGGGGGAGCCAGCCCCCCUGCACAUCAGGGAUGGCCAUCCCAUGGGAUAGGCUGUGGUGCCAAGUGAGGUGGGGACCCUCCACACGUGGCUCUGGAGUUGUCAUGUCACACACCUUGGGCCUGUCCAAGCUUCCACAUUGUAGGACAGCCCUUAGUCCCUUGAGUUUUCUCCUGCCUUGUCCCAGGUUGUUGGUUCCCAUGACUCGUGGAGAAGGCAGCAAUGGUUGAAGGGUGUGUGUUUGUUGGGAAAAGCGAGAAAUUGGGCUGAUGAAAAGACCUGACCCUGUAUUAGAGCACCCUGCUGGGCAGGUCACCAUUCCCUUCCUGCCUAAGUCUGUCCUGCUGCUAAAAUAGGUGCUGCUUCAUCCCUAGGGACGUACGUAGGAGGUAGCUUGGCAUUACAACAGGGACAGCCCCUAUCUCUCCUAGCGAGGAAACCUCGCAAUCCCAUGUCCUUCCUUGUGGGAACCAUUGCUUUCUAGGCUUGGAGAUGCAGUUUUCCUCACCCAUGCCUGUGGGAACAUCACAUGGAACAUUGCCAAGUGGUCCAGCCACAAUGCCUUUGAGUGGAGUCAGGCUGGGGACAGAAGGGCUUGAAUUCAGCCUCCUUUGGCCACUCCUGAGUAAGAGUUCACUCAGAUCUCAGCUUGGUGGGCUGGUUUGGGGCAAACACAAGGAGGACAGACUUUGCUUUAUGUAGCAUCAACCCAAUCACCUUAAAAAUAGAGAGCUUCAAGCAGUCCUUGACCUAGUACAAUCCAUGUGGCCAAACCCUGAGCACCUCUGGCUGGCAGAGUGGCAUCUUGAUACUCCUCAGUCUAUGAGUCACAGCAAAAAAAAACCCAAAUCAUGCUGCUUUAAUUGUCCUCACUUUUUUCUUUUUUUCUUUUUUUUUUUUUCAUGGGUAUCUUCCCCCUUCCAUCCUGCAGUGUGCUGUCACCUCCCCGUGUGCUGCUCCAUGAACAGGACACCUUGGCAGCCCAGGAGCUGCUGUCCUUGCCUGGAGGGCUGAAUCCAAGGUUUCCCUGGGUUGGACUGUGAAAUAUUGGGGAUUUGUUUUAAAUGGACUUGGGCUUCUUCCUCUGAGGUACCAGCUCCUCAAUGUUUUGGCCUAGAGUGAGUUACGAAAGGGAAAAUUAGGUGGUCUUCCAAGGGGGAUUUGGGUCAGAAAUCUCAAAGAAGAACCUAAGACAAAAGUCUUGAGACAGUAGGGCAAGAGGGAAGGUUGAAGCUCAGUAGACACAGCAACAGAGUGUGGCUAAGCAGCCAAGGGCUCAUGGCUUGGUCUUAGGGUCUCUCCUUGUAUGUUAAUCCUUGUUUCACCUUAGAUGCCAAGGUGUUGAAAGGAGAGCCUUAAAAAUCUGAUGUGUUUGCCAACUCUCUUAUUGCUGCUUGUUUCCAUUGUGUCCUGGCAGAUGUCACAGGGAACAGACACCCCACGGCUUUGGCUACAAACCAGCCACCUCAUCCUGCCCUUCUCUGCAGAAGCAAAGGCUCAUACUGGGUUUUAUACCUCCUUACACCUAUCCACCCCCUCACCCCCUCCAUGGAAAGCACCUGUCCUUCUAUAAUUUACAGGAACAGGGCUCCAGACUGGUAGCUAGAGCUAUGGAGACCCAAGGGAUGGCAAAGCAGAGAUGGCCCAACCAUCAAAACAAGAGAUUUAGGGCUUUACCCAGCAAUCAGUCAUGGCUGAACCUUGUGUGGGGAAAUAAAUCUGAGCAGGCAUUCCUAGUUUUGUCCUCUCACACAUGUGCUCUUACGUGUCCCUUCUGUUCUUCAUUUUCCAGUAGCAAUGGAGCACAUGGAGGAGGUGGUGGUGGUAAGACAGGCAAUGUGGCCGUCACAAAUGUCCAGCUCUGUUUUUAAGAAAGUUCUGUUGACACGUAUUUGAAGACUUUGCAUUUGUAAAUUCAUGGUAUGAGUCUUGCAGUCAGGCUGACAGUGUAGUGCUUGGGCUGGGAGCUUCAGAGGAGGAGGUUUAUGAGGAACAGAUUUCCCAAGAAAGCAGAGUCUUCCUCUAUCCACAAUAGAACGAGUCCUUUUCUUUUUUUAUUUUUUUUUCAUUGGAUUUGUUUGGUUUUUAUUAGUCCCAGUGGGAAAGCACACAGGGAGAUUCGUGACUUCCAUGCAGUUUCCAAGGUCUUACAUCUUAGUUGCUUCCAGCGCGCUGGGUAGGUGCAGUUUGACGGGUGGGUUUGGAUGGGAUACUGUCUGGUGGGAGAAAAAUGUGGCUGGUUUCUUAGCAGUGGGGGGAUCCUGGGCUGGCUGUGGUCCUGCUCACAGGCUCUAGCAGACAUUCCCGGGAAGGGGGGCGUUCCACUGAGCUCGGCUUCCCUUCAGACGAUGAUCUCCCAAUGAACUCUCCCCUUCCCUGCUGUUCCUUUCUGUGCAACAAAGAGCUGCAUAUUUUCCUUUUUAACCCCCUGGGCAAUCAUAGUAGUAUGUAGAUUAAGCCCAGAUGACUUUUUUGUUGUUGUUGGUUUUGUUGGUUUUUUUUGGUCUGAGCCAUAGCUAAAUUAUUAUACCCAAUGCUUUUUGUAUCAGACGGCAUCACUUUGAAUAUGCAGAUGAGGUAUAGGAUCUUGACACUUUAUAACCUUUUUAAAAAGAAACCUGUCUGUUUACUUAAUGUCUUGUGUAAAAAGGAAAAAAAAACAAUGUAUGCCUUCAGUAAUCACUUUUUUGUUUUUGUUGUUUUUUGAGUUUUAUGAAAUUACAGUGGUUACACUCCAGCAGCGAAAUAAAAAGCGUUCACUGUUUUGUACA